UCAUUUUGGUUCAGUUCUGGAAAGACAGACGUCCCGCUCUUGCCUGGUCCAGCCGUUGGUACUACGGCUGCCUUCCCCAACCUGGUGCCCUUCAGAUGUGUUGGGAUUGCAACUUCUAGCUAUGCCGGCGAGUGUAGUGUUGAUACUGAAUCAACAGUCAGGUAUGAUGAGGAAGCAGGAGAAAAUUAAAUUUGAAAACUUAUGACGAAGGGGACUAGCAACCUAUACUGGUUGCUAUCUGAUAAAAUUGGCAUAGAAAAACAGGAUACUUUAGCUAGGAUAAGAAAUUCCUUGAAGCUGAGGUCAUGUGGUACUUUGCUGGGUGUUAUAAAAAGAGGAACUGAGAAUGCCUCAAUCUGGAGUGAUUCACUGUGCGCCUUUAUUCUGCAGAAUAAAAUCCUAAAUCUUCACAUCUCUGUCGUGUUUUUAUUGGGCAAUAGUAUGCCAAAUCAUGAAUACAUUUGGGUUUGAACAACAUGUAAGCUGGGAGAUAGCAGAAAGUUUUGGCUUUAUUAGAAAAGCAAUCAGAUACACACCUGUGUGGCAGAAUGCAAGAACAAAUCCCCAGAGUCUGGGUUUGUGAGGUGUUUAUACAAAGCAAGAAGCGUAACUCAUCAUUCAAUACUUUUCCAUUGUUCCCAUAUCUUAGUUAGAUACUGCUUCUAUCCCACAGUGCAGCUACAGCUGUAUGGUUUCAAACCAAAGGUGGCAAGAGUUUAAUCAUGUACUCAGACCGGCUUUCCUGCUCCUAAUAGUAGUCCAACAUCUGGAGAUGGCAUGAGGCUGGAGAAGGCUGCCAAAAAACCUUGUUGGAAGAGGCUUGUAAAGGUAUGUGGUUGACCACAGUGGGAAAUGUUUGGCUAGAUAAGUCUUCGGUCUGAUCUAGCAGGGUUUUUUAAAUGUAUCAACAGUCAUUAAACAUAGAAUUGUUAUGAACCACUUGGCUUCUAACAUUUGGAACUGUAGAAAUGCAGUAAAUAAUAGUUAACAUCCAGUCUCUAACUAUAUACAUAUGGAUGAGAGAUACUCCUUUGUAAUGUUGCAGUUAUUAAAUUGAAAUUGAUUAUAACUAAAUUCUCUUCCCCCUUUCAUACUUUAGGGUUUGCUUAAGUGUACAUGGCUAUCUGAUAAGGCUUUCCCACAACUCUUUUCUCUGCCUGACUGAAUGCCGAUAAAGUCUUCAAAAACAAAGAUAAAGUUGCUCUUAAAAAAAUUAAUCCUGUCCUGUUGAAUUUCUAUUGAUAUUACUCUGGUGACCUGAUUGUAUUACUUCUUUCAGAAGUGAUACAAUAUCUGUGAGGCCUUAUUUUUUGAUGACAAUAAAAGUGUUUACAACUCAAAAGCAAGUUGGACAUGCUAUUGCUCAUUGCCUUUUAUUGUUGCAAAAAAGGUUUGCAAUGUAACAUUAGCACUGAACCCUGUUAGCUUCUUAAAGGGAGCACUCUUAUUUGGGUUUUGAUCCUUCAAAACGAUCUCCUCUUUAGUGAUUCUUUCUUGUACUAAGUUUCAAGAAAGUAAUUGCCUAUAAAUUUUUGUAAAGUAAGAAAAAAUAGCCUUUUCAUCUUAUGCUUGGAAUUGUGAGAUGAGAACUAAAGCCGGAUAAAUCUAUCUUGUGUGCAUGUUUGUAUGCUAUGUGUACCAGAGCCCAGUCUCGUGCAUGCAUAUUUAGAAGUAAUUUCUGCUGUGUUAAUGAAAGUUAUAUCCAAUUUUGUGUGCGUAAAAUUGUGGAUGUGUGGCACAGACCUGUGCAUGUUUAUUUGAAUGUAUAUCCUGUGAUUUCAUGAGAACUUACUCCCUGAUAGGCAUACCACUGUAGCAUUCAGCUGCUACUUGUCACAGUAUCUCCAUAGAUAAGGAUCUCAAAGGGCUGUUUUCUUUGACCAGGAUGGCUGAGUGUAGGGGGGCUUCUCAGCAGUGUCUCUGGGAUCAGCAGUGGCAGGGAGGAGCUGCAUUUUCCUGGGUCACCUCUGGGAGAAGACCAGGAUGAGUCUUAUCCCUCACCUUCCACACUCAUCCCUCCACAGGGGAAUUGGUGCCUUAGGUGGAGGGGUUGCAUACAUACCUUGCUUGCUGCAUGGAUUGCUUCCUGGGACGAUUGGUGCAGGGUGGAUGGGGGGUUGUAUUCCCCUGGGCUUCUUCGCAAGAAGACCUUGGAGAACACAGCUUUUCCCUCCCUCAUAGGUACCACAGCCUGCAAGGAGGGGGGAAUAAACUGUGUUUUUACACUUUUCUUCAGCUGGAGCUUUGCCUGCUAUUUUGGGUCAGCAGGGAAUAGGAGUUGGCUGAAGCUUCCUCCUCUUCCCUGCCAGCUGAAAUGUCUGGUGGGGGCACCUCUGGCAGCAGUGGGGAAGAGGAUCAAGCUUGUUGUGCUGCCUGGGUUCAGACAACAUAACAGUCCCAGGUAUAGCUGUGAAACCCCACAAGUCAUAAUGUGUUGGGGUGGCUUUGUAGCCACGAAGAAGCUACCUUGCUGGUGGAAUGCUCAGUUCAUGCAACAUGCUAAGCUGUUGUAGCAUUGAAGCCAUGGCAGCUUAGUCUGUAAAUCCAGUUAAAACUAGUUCAUAAUUUUAUUAACUUACAGCAUCAUUACUGCCGGAGCAGUUUAUAAAUAUUUCUAAUGCCAGUUCAAAAGACACAACACAAAAGAGAGGGUGGAAGGAGAGGGGAAAAGCAAAAUUUGGGCUCCAAUUCUUAAUUUGAAAGUUUGUGCUGUCUGGCAGGGGAAGAAUGAACCAACUCCCCACAGCUGUUUCUUGUAUGGCUGAUAUGACCCAGGUUUGUUUCAUCAUUGCCAUAAUGUUUUUCCUGGAAGGUCAGAGUUGCUGUCUCCUAAUGGAAAAAUUAGUAUUUUGACAAGUUUAUGGAGGAAUAUAUUCAGGUGGUAUAUGACUCAGAUAGGCUGAAACUGAACUGGUUGCAGAAUCAGACAGGUUGCCUGUGCUGCAUUAGUCAUCUCUGAUUUUGUGUUCUUGCAGUCUCUCCACAGCCACACCAGGAAAGGAUGAUAGAGUGCAUCUUUCCCUGUUGUCAUUCAGGAGCCCAACAGCAAAAUCUUGCAUCUUGUGCUUUCAUUGAAACAACUGCAAGAUCUGCAAUUAUUUGGUCAUUCCCUCUGGGAAAAUUGGCAAUUGAGGUAUUGCUGAUUGCCUAUUGGUACUAGGCAACCAGUGUUAUUGUGCUAAAAGGAAGUAAAAAUAAGUCAAUGUACCAAGGAGAUGUUCUUUGUUGUAUAUAUGUUUCUAGAAAUAGCAGAUGGUUAAAAUGUAGAAGGCAAUGUCAAGGAUGAUCAAGUGUAUCUCUUGCAAUUAAUAGAGACGGUUCAAAAAUAUUCCUGUAUCUUGUGCUAGCCUUCAUAGUCCAUUGUGCUGGUAGAAAGCAUUCAUGUGCAGAUACAGCUGAUCUGGCUCAUCAAUGCUUUUGUGGGAAAAUUGUUUUAACCGUAAGAAUUUAGUAUAAUUGGAGGUAUUCUAACACUCAGACCCUGUGUGUUGCCCUGACUGUGGGCUAAAUGUUUUUGGGAUCCCAAGGAAUUGAUAUGCCAGAUCCAGAUUUGCUUACAAGAAGACUUUAUUAAGCAACUUACAAAUGUUCACAUGUGCCAAGUAAGUAGGAGCCAACAUCAAAGACAGCUACACUAUCGUCCGACAUCUGAACCGCAUACAGAAAGGCUGGCCAAUUUAUAUAGGUUUUGUGUUUACAGCAAAUAUACAUCAAAGCAUACUUUGGAAGUUUGAUAUUGAUGAAUAAGACAGCAUUGACAUUUGUAAUCCUAAGAUGGGUGAUGGAUAUUAUACAAGUGCCAUGAAAUAAAUGGAGAAAGUAUUUACCUCAUUAGCAGGCUAAAAUGUAUGAUACACAAGGUAUUUCCCAUCAUUGCUAGUAAAGCUUCCUAACAAGGAUUUUAUUCCUACUUUAUGUGCCAAAAUGAUAGGACAAAGUAUAAAUUUAUGCAAUAAAGCAUAAGCUCAUUAGUAGUCCUGAUUAAGUGUGUACUCCAAGAUGGAGUACAUCUGUGUCCUUUGGCCUAUCUCUCUUGCCAACAAUAUACUCUGGGGCCUCUCUAUUUUGGAAGGCACCUGGCCAAGGCAAGAGGAAGAUAGCUGGAGUUCGAUGCUUUAAUUAAGCUAAGCAAAACCUACAUUUUGGAAGACAGAGGCUGAGGCUCAGUAUACCCUCAUACAGAAAAAUCCUUUACCCCACCAGGAAAACACUGUUCUUGGGUUUGCUGCUGCUUCCUUUUUGAAGAGUGAUAUACAUACAAACUUUAAAAAUACUACUCUCACACUCCUGUAUACAACAAACAUACAGACAUAGAUGUGAUUACAAGAAAUAUUAAGUGAGAGCUAUAACAACUGCUACCACUAAUGAUUCCCAUCUCAGAACCUCGGGAAUAAACCUGGGUGUCAGAAGGACCCGGUCUUCCUUUUCCAUUAACCAACUGUCAAACAUGAUUAUGUUUGUUUAAAUCAGUGAUUGAUCAUUAUGCACAUUUUAUUUUUGCCUGUUCCCAUCUUUUCCCAGAUGCUACUUUGCUUAGGCUGUUUGUCCCAAAUAGCCAGGAAAGUACUGGUUUUCCACAGAAUUCUGACAGAUUAACACACAAUGUGUUAUGUUCUUGUAUUUUGUCCUAAGCAUAAGUGACCGAUCUUCUGUUUUGUAUGUAGCUGAAUUCCUCCCUAAUUUGACAGACCUCUGCUGCAUGUGUAGCAACAUCAUUUAUUGACCAAGCUUUUGCUAUUGGUAAACUAUAGGCCUGUAGAAGGCUUGUGCCUUAGUUUGUAUACUGUAUCUGUGGUGAACACAUUGCUUUCCUAUGUGGAAUUGUUAGAAGAGGCCAGCCAUUCUAUAAUGAUGCUUGAUUGCUGUAACUUGCAAGAAGACUGUAGACCGACUGUUUCUGUGACCCAAAGACCAUGGCUGUGGACCCAAAGGCCUCUGGGUAGCCUGCCUUAGCAAUAGCUCUGGGGCUGCCAAAAGCUGCUCCCAGUCUAUGUGCAUAAGCUGCGUGUGUCUAAACUACACAGAUCAGUUAAGAGCUGGUUGACCACAUGCGCUGAAAGGAAACCACUAGUUUGGCAAGUAGCAAGUGUUAAGGGGAAGCGGUUAUCAGAAGAAUCAGCUCACUCCAAACUAGCUCAGAGAGAGGUACCUGAUGAAACCCCAAAUGUCAUGGGAAACAGUUCUCAGAAAAGUACCUGUGAAACACCCAAUCCCAAGACCUCACUGAUGACACUUCGAAGGUGCCAUGACAGUGGAGGCCAGGAUUGGCCGAUCUGAAACUGGAGAGCACUUCAACACGCACAGUCAGAAUUGCUUGCCAAUCUGAAACCUAUAAAGACCACGCCCCAACCUUUGCUUUUUGUCAGCUCUGCUUUUGGGCAUGAGCCACGCUGUUGACCUGUUUUGCAUACAAAAUAAAUGGUUUAAGUCUACUGGGCAUUGCUUCCCUUUUUCCUUAUAACUGAGUCCCUCCCAGAAAAAGACCAGGGGCAUUUUUGGAACAUAAUGUACAUGUGUGUACAUGUGUAUGUGUACUUAUGUAUAUAUUUGAUACACCUUUGCAUUCUUUACUAGCAUUUGUAAGGAGCACUCAGCUCAAAUUAGAUUCAGGAGAUACACAGAUAAGGACAGUGCAUGUUAACUUAUCUCAAAGGAAACAAGCCCCUCAGAGUUGUUUCUCCAAGGAGGCAGGCUUAACCCUGUCCAAAACAAGUAGCAUCAAAUUGGGAUACUUUUAACAGGUGCCUUACCCAUGGAUAACAUGCAGUGUAAAAUAGGCAAAAAACAUAUAUUAUUGGUGGUAAACUGUUUAUUCUGCUGAACUCAGGGUGAUCUGGUGAUGGUGGAAUCUUCAGUGGUUUGCUGUGAACAAACUGCAGUAUGUUUUAUGCACUUAUAUCCACACUGGCCUGGUUUAUGGGUCUCUCUUGGUAGAAGGCUGUAUUCUGCCACAGGCUUCUACUGAAGAGGGCAAGGUUUGCUAAUAGCUUUUGUUUCUGUGUGUUUAUUUAAUGAUAGACUAUUGAAAAAUCUGCCCCAUGCUAAAUUGCAUUAAUCUGUCUGGGGAAGCCUUUCAGGAAGUUUGCUGCAUUUUAAAAGUAACUGGUCUUUUAGUUAUGAUUUAGGAAUCUUGUACAGCGAAAUGACCAGUUAGUGCUUCAGGGCAACAGGCAAUUUCACACUGGCAGACUGAAAUACAGCUAUAGGAAAAGGAAAGAUAAUUGUGUUUAUAGCUUCUCCAGGUUGCCUUGCCAACUGGAAAUAUUUUGGAGAGCAGUCUGAGACAUCUAUACUCCUCUUUACUGCUCCUUUGUAAUAUCAGAGUGGUGUGUAAUGGAAUUAUAAUCAUCUGUGACCUGAUCAAGGAUGUGAGGUUUGACCUGGCUUGUCUCAAAGGGAAUUGGCUGGAAGAAGACAGUGGUCCUGUAUGGGUAGAGGCCCACCGAACUGGCUGCUUUGUCAUGGAUCAGGUAAUGCAAAGUAGGCUAGAGGUGGCAUGGCUGUGAUCCGUAAGGAACAUUAAGGGUAAGAAUACCAUCCCUUUGACCACAUACUGUGUUAAGGAACUGAAAUAAGUUGAGUGCACUUGAGGUUGAGGUUCAGUAACAGACUGGGAAUUCUGUUGUUAGACAACCUCAUUCUUUGGCUGAACUCAUGGAACUCAUUUUGGAACAAUGAGAUUGAAUAACAGUACUGUUCAUUGUCUCCUGUUCUCAACUUCUGUUGCCAUAUUUUACCAUGUAGUUAAUCUUAAUUGCGGAUUUUUAUAGAUAUUUCUAUAUGUUUUCUCAGUGUAAUGGAAUUUACUCCUAUGCAGGCAUGCUUGGAAAAGAGAGCAGCUGACUGUCUUAAGACAUGGUAUAUAUCAGUAUGGUCAUAAUGAACAGUAUUUGGAGAAAAAUUAGAAAACUAGAAUGGCAGUCUCCCAUGCUGCUGUUAAAUAGGAAGGGGGAUAUAGCAGCUGCAGACUAUUGUGAUGUUUGGCUCUCCUGAUGUCUAUACUUUGCUUUGAAUACUUCAUAAAACAAAAAUAUAGUGGUGCCUCAUACUUCAAACUUAAUCCGUUUCAGGAGGCCGCUUGAACUCUGAAUCUUUUGAAGUCCGAAGCAAUGUUCCCCGUUAGAAAUAAUGGAAAGUGAAUUAAUCCGUUCCCAGACCCUGAACGAUACCCAUCUCGAUAAACUUAAACAGCAAAUAUGUUUAAUUUAAGAAAAUUGUACCAUGUGAUCCUGCUGACACUGAAGAUUAAACAAGCAUGCAUAAAAUCUAAACUAAUAAAUUUUUCCUGGAAAUAAAGACAUAUCUGCACAAUGGAGUGGAAAGUCAGGUCACCCCCCACCUCUAGCUUGCCGAUCAAGAACUUUCAGAUUCAGGGACUUUAUCCAUCACAGCAAUUUAAUGCUUCAGGUGGCUUUUCUCAAGCAAAUACAUCCAUGCAGAAUCCUUGUACUUACUUUGGAAGUAACCAAACCAUAAAUUAUCAGACUCAUACUAACAACAUUGUUGGAAAUACACCAUUUCAAUGUACUGGAGGUUCCAAAACAGUAAAGCCCAUUUUCCCAAAAGAAUUGGUAUCUGGUAAUGGCCCUGUUCCAUCCCAACAUGUAAUUAAUGUAGCUCCAGUUUCACGUUCCAGUAUAAAUCUUCAGAUGACAGGUGGCAUAGACCAGAAUUCAAAUUUGAUGAGAAAUGCGCAUAUUUCUUCUGCUGGAUCAACACAAAGUAGUACCGCAAAUCCUAUACAAAAUGUACAUCAAGCAGCAAAUCCAUAUAUGGUUGUGGACAGCAAUAGUAAUCAUACCGUACAAAAUUCUUCUAACUCUACAAAAACAUCAGUGUAUCAGCAUGCUGACAAAAAUAAUCCCAAAAGCCUACCAGCGCGAAUGCCGUACUAUUAUAAUAAUGGGCCUGCUACCUCUCAGACGGGUGCAACAGUGCCCCAUAACUCCGCAUCAAGCCAUUACUUGAAUUCCCCACAGAAUCUGUCAUGCAUUGUUUACCUUUUAGCGCCAAAUAUUCAAAAGCAAAUAAAUGGUCCAAAUCCAAACCUGCCAAUAGCUGUGCAGGCACAGAACUAUGCCUCUGAUCCUCCACCAUACUCAGUUGCUGCUCACCAUGACUCAAGAAAUGCAAACCAGAUCAUCCCUCAAGUGACUAAUACAAACUGUCCAUCAGCAUAUCUGGUGCCUCCUGUACAAGCAAACCAUGGUCAGUUUCUACUAUCACAGCCAGCUGCCAAUAUAACCAGUGUAUCUAAUGAGAAUGUUCAAGCCUAUCAAAGUCUUGUGUCAGAGCAAAUUACUAAUUUGCAUUCUGCACAGCAUGGUCAGAAACCUCAAUCUGCACCAAUUGCUAGGGAAACAAAUGAAGUAGGCAACACUGGGGUUAGUAUAACUGGACAGAAUGCUGAAAAUCCGCUUUCUAAUAAGUCUGCAAACUCAUUCAGUGAAGUUGGAGAGAGCUCUGCGAACAGUGCACAAACGGCUGGAACAGUUCUUCCUGAUGGAGCUUCAAUACCACGGACAAGUAGAAGUUUGGAACAAGACAAUACAGGUAAUGGUUCAGAAAAUUUCCCGGAGAAUGUCUCUAAAUUUAAAAUAACAAGAGAGAGUCUAGCACUGGAUUUCAAAAAACUUUAUGAAAUGAAAAUUGCAUUCUUAAAACUUAAAGAAGCAUGUUCCAUAAAACAUAAAAUAUAUCUAUCUUCAGUACAGAAGAAGCAGACACCCGACACAGGCCAGACGCCUGUUCACAGUCAAAAUCCCAAUGCUUCGCUUCCUUCUCUGUGCAAUACCAGUCAGAGCCAACCUGUACCUUUACUAUGUGACAAUCAGGUAUUUCAGGUCCCUUCAAAUGAUGCCAAGCAGAAGCCGUCCCUUUCACCUAUUUCCUCUGGUUCUAAUCAGAUCAAAGAUGUUCCCUCAUCGCAGAUGAACGAUCAUCACUUACUGCCAAUUCUCAGGAGUAUGCUUCAAGGUACUGUUGAUGAAGGUAUGUUAUCUACGACUUAUGCUGAAAAAAGACCUAGACAUCCGAAUAGAUACUUGGAUGUUCAAGAGAAUUCCUCUAAUGCUCCGUUGGUUUCUGGUGGUAGUAAAUCUGAAAACCAUGUGAAUAAUAGUGACAAAUCUUCUAGGCUGAGCCCCAAGGCCUUUCCAACUUAUACUAUCCAAGAACCUUUGGCAUGUACAACUUCUUUAAAGACUAACAAUCAAUUGGAGAAAGGAUCCACUGCACCCAAUGGAUACUUUGAACUGAACAAGGCUGCAGUAGAGAGUUUCAAUAAAAGACUGGCCAAUGAAGUUUUUAGUUCAGUUCAAAAUGCAACAAAUGGAUCUUCCCUAUUAGCAAAAAAUGUAAUACAAGAGGGCAGUAAAAAUGUUCAUUCUUCUGGAUCUACAGGUCCUGCAUUGAUACAGCAGGGUAAAAAUCCUUGUCUUCAAAAAUUUGAGAAAAAUGUUACAACUGCGGGGUGUAAAAAUGUCCCUGAUACAUCUGGUUCAACUUCUCUCCUUUCUAAGACUGCUGUAACAGUUUCAGAAUCAAACACAGUUGAGAAACCCUCAAUUACUGGAAAUUCUUGUAAAGAGGGAAGAAAUUGUUCUUUGGAAGAGUUAGAAACAAGUCUUGCUUUAUGGCGGAAGUGCCUUCCAGCAUCUCUCAAUGGACAGUUAAGUGGAACUAUGGACUCGGUGGUGAGCUUGCCCUCCUCAAAUGAUAAAAUAGAUGGGAAAAAACAGCAAACUUCAGAAAAUAUCCCCAAUAUGUUAAUUCAGAAUGAUCAAACUAAAGUUAUAACUGGAUCAAAUGAAACAAUUCAGUCAUCUGGUCCUUCAUCUCUUGGAAAAAAUUUUGAUUCCAAUUUGUUAAAGGCUUCGGAACCUCAAAUAGCUAUUGUUACUCCUUUAAUACUUGCCAAAGAAAGUACUCAAAAUGAAGUGCAAAAAAAUAGUCCCUCUUUGGAAAUAAUAUAUCCAGUUAUUGAAGAAGGUAGUCUGCGUAGUUUGGAAGAACUUAUUUCUACCGUACCAGAUACUAAUAAAGAGGUUUGUUCACCGUCAGACUCCUGUAAAUACCGUAAAGAUGUUGAUAAGGACCAGAAACGGGCCAAAUCAACCGAAGGAAAUGGAAUACUGAAAGAUGAACGUGUGAUAAACUCUUGUGACCUAAACCAGGGGACAGAUAGUCACUUUUCUUCAGAAUCAGAAAAGCUUCAGUCCCAACUUGGUUCGGAAGACACCUUUCCACCUGAAAUGAAUGCUAACUUUGCAGGUCCAGUUCCUCAAAAAGUUGUAAAGUCUGGUCUAGAUUUGCCGGGGCCAUGUGGCAUUGCUGAAGUGGCCCAUAAUGACACUGAGUUACAGAUAUCUAGUGUAUGUACUCUAGUACAAGGUGAUGCAUUUUAUAAUUCACAAAUAGCUAAUAUCUUUUGUAUUGAGCCUAUGGAAUCUAAUAUUAAAAAUGACACUUCUUCAAAAGAGUGUACGCCUUGUUUGCAACAUAACAAACAACAGCCUGGGCCUUUGCAAAGUGGUUCUGAAAUAACCAUGAGUGCCUCAGAGUGGAAUGUCUUGUUGCCAUCACCAGAUAGCUUGACAAAAGCUAUUGCAGAAAGGAUUGCAGACUUCCCAGAUUUAGAGAUGGCUCAAAGUAACAAGACAGAUGAGAUGAGUGUAAGAAAUUCUGAGGAAGAAAAGUCCAAUAACUUCCCUGAACAUAUGCUUAUUCCAGGAAAGAAGCUUGAGCAAACUAUGUCUUAUACAAAAUUGGGCAGUGACAAUGAGGGCUUGCCUAGUAGUAAAGAAGAUCUGAUCAAUACCAGUUCUGCAAGUAGUAUGUGCAUUAUUAGGAAAGAGAGUACUCUGGAGCAGGUACCAGCUGAAGAAAGUGCACAUUCUGAAAGCAGCGUUGGAACUCCUGCAACAUUACUGGAUGAUCAGUUGACUGAACUUUCAAAAGAAUUUCCUUAUGGAAUUGGUGAUUUGAAGGCAUUAAAUGAAUUGACAAGCCAACAUUCUGUCACUAAAUUUACUGAGAGGGAUGAUAAAGACCAUGCUUGUGCGAAAAAGACUGAUUCUAGUGAUACGAUAGACCAAAUUAAAAUAAUAAUAUUAAAUUCUCAACAGAUGAAAGAAGUGUUUCCUGAGCAUAAUCAACAAUCUUGUAACAAAACAGAAAUCCAUGAAGGUGACCAACUCAAAAAAGAUCCAAAAGAGACAAGAGAACACAAAAGCCAUAUUAAAACUGAUCAGGACAUGGAUGUCAACAACAGUAAUGUCUCAGCAGAAACCUCUGUAAAAAAAAAGCAUACAUACUGUUGUUUACGUGCUUGGUUAGCUUCUGUAUAUGCACUGGAGCCUUGUUCCUGCAUGCUGGAUAAAGAAGCUGCUUCCAAUGAGAAAGUAGAUCUGUAUUCAGAAUCUAAAACUAUGUUUAAAGACAGUUCAAAAGCCAGCAAAACUUUUAAGACUGAAGAUACACUAAACGAUCCAUUGCAAAUGACUACAUUAGAUCUAGAGAGCAAUGUGGCUUUAGGAGAUGAAAGUAACAUUUGCAAGAGAACUUCUGGACACAAAGAAUAUGACUUUCAAGCAAACGAAUAUAAGCCAUCUAAAGUAGAUCAAGAAGGUGUUCCACUUUCUUUCUUGGAAAAGCUAGACUCUAUAAAAACCGAAAGAACUGAUGAGCAGGAGAUGAAAGAAUUGCCACUUGAUACAACUUCUAUAUCUGUGAAGACAGAACCUGUGGACAUUCAUGAAGAGACAGGCAUGCAAGAGUAUUUCUCCCGAGAUCAGGCACAGUGUCCUUCAUGCACAGAAGAUGUGAAAAUGGUGAUAGUUUCUGGAAAUCUUGAUCAGAUGGAAUCCAGUAACAAACUGAGAAGUCCAGGACUUUUAAAAUCAAAGGAAGAUGCUCAUCAACAUAGAAUAAUUGACAUCAAACAGAGUACAAACUUUGAACAAUAUAAAAUUACCCAGGACUCCAGUGAAACACAAAUGAUUAUGGGACCAACUUCAAGAAAGUGUUUGAAGAAACAAGUGGCAGUGAAAAUGGAGUAUGAUGCUUUAGACAUCCAGCAUACUGAUGCCAUAAACUCCUCAAACACGAGCAGCAUUGGUUUGGUUUCGGAAAGGCGUGAGAGCACUCCACUUAGUUCUGCCUUGCAGACACAAGGAGAUUUAAGUGGGAAGAAAUUGGAAAAAAUUAAACAUUUAAAGGAAAAAUAUGCAUAUAGAAAAGCAGAGUAUAAUGAACCAACUAGUUCUGAGCAUAUACAGGACACCUCUGAGUGUACCCAGAAGAUCCCUGAGCAUAUUCAACACAGUAUUAAAAGGAUAAAUCUUGAAAAAUAUGCUUAUUCAAAAGAAAAUAAAAAUGUAUGGAAACACAGAAAUCCUUAUUUAGAUAAUAAAAAAACUACACCCCCAAAACAAAGAGAACUUUCUAAUAUAUCUAAAAAAAUUUCCCCAGCCAAAGAGGUUGGGUUAGAUGUGCAUAACAGAGACAAGUGGUCUGAGAGGUCUCUUUCUGAUAAAAAGGCAUGCUUCACUCGAAAAAAUAGUAAGCUGUCAAUUUCCCUUCAAAGGGAACAGAAGAAAAGCUAUUUGAAUAGAGUUGCUUUCAAACGUACUGCACAGAAAAUCAUUCGUUUAACAAGCAUAGAAUCAAUACAUUCCAAAUCAGUUUGGCAUGUGAAAUCAAGUACUGUUUCUGAAUGUCCUGAAGACCAAAAAAAGAACAGUUCAUCUCCCCCUCCACCAAAGGCAGAGAAACAACAGAUGCUAGAAUUCAAAACGUGCCCUGAAAUACUGUUUAGAAAUUCAAUCUUGGAAGAACAAGAUACAGAUGCAAAGCUUCCUGAAAAGGGGAAAACGCCUAUUACAGCUGUUAAAAGCAAAAGAGAAGACUGGCUAAAUUACAUUCCUAUAAAAAGAAGAAAAACUGUGGAAACUGAAGCUCAAGUUGAUGAAGACAUUCCACUUGGAAUUGAAGGUUUUCAUAUACCUGUGAAGGAUUCUAAUACCACAUUUCAGACCUACAGGAAAUUGCAUCUGGAAAAAAGUCAAAGCCUGGAUAGCAGUCCUGUAAACUAGAUGUCCAUAGGCAUGGGUGAUCUUGUGGGAAUAUUUGUGAAUGGCAUCUGCUUUUGAAUGUGCUUGUAUUAAUAUUGCUAUGGCUUCAGCCUUACUUGACUGACAAAUGUGGCCACUGUAGCAAUCAAAAUAGUGAACAUUAUGUUCGUGUGUGGUCUGUGUUUCCGUAGGGAAAAUACUCAGGAUGUUUUCCCAGAAUGUGUUGAUAUUGCUCUGCCAAUUCAUGAACACUUGAAUGGGUCACAAUUUGAGAAGAUACACUUCUUUGGGUGUUUUUAAAUUUCAUCAUCUGAUCUAAUUUAUCAACACUGCCAGUCCCCAAAUAAGCCAAAGUCUCUGGCCUGUCUUUUUAUCUAGGCAUUUUAAAGAGAUAAUGUUGUUUUCUUUUUUUCUUAACAUUGGGAAGAUAGUUGAAACAACCGUCAAAGAAGGUGAGCCUUAGCAUAUUUUUCAAGGGAUGCUGAACUAUAUAUGCUGCUAACCAGUUAGCUGGUUCAUUAAACACUUACAAAAACAAACUUCUUUUAUCUCAAAUUUCAGUUUGGGAUAUUUGUGUGGGUUUCUUCUAAUCAAAUGAAGCAAACAAUAUUGUUUAUUAUUGUUUAAGAGUUGUUAUUGUUAUUAUUGUUACUAUUCUGGUUGAAAUUUCAGUGUAUUAGAAAACCUAGUUUACAUUUUGACCAAAACUUUACUGAGGGUCAAGAUUUAAUUUGGAUUUAUCAGCCAGUUACUAGACAUAUUGUAAGCUAUAUUAGCUAAAUGUUUCCAAAUGCAUGCCCUUAGGGAUACUGUGAUGUUGAAUAUUCAUUUAAGUGCCUUUUAUAUUGUUUGAACUUUUUGUUAUUUUGUGAAGUUCUGUAUUUGCUGAUACUUUAUGCUUUUUAAAUUGUUGCUUAAAAUGAAAAUACUAUUUUUUGUUACUAAAAUAAAAAGCUUGUUAUUUUGA